UCCUCACAGUUCUCUUGGUCAUUUUUCUUCCCUUCAACAAUUCUUCCAUUCUUCAUAUCUCUCCUUUCUCUUGCUUACCCUCUUCUCUUUCCUCCUAAAAGAUUGCGACUUUGCCUAUGUGGCUCCGUUUCUUUGACUCCUUCACACCAAAUUCUUUGCUUUUUUGUCAAAACAGUGCAACUUUGCGGGUUUAGGACCUCGGAUUCAUUCGGAGGUCACAUCCUUCUAUUUCUUCUUGGGUUUGCUUUGACGAAUAAGUGACCAAUAUCAGGCCUCUUUAUAAUAUAGUUUCUGGAUCAGUGUUGGAUCGGAUGUGUAGUAUGUGCCAUUAUUGUGGUGUGGGCUUGGCGGAUUCAAAUGUUGACAACAAGAAACAAGGAAAUGAGAGUAGUCUAAAGUUGAAUGGUAAAGUUUCCAUUAGGCCUUGCAAAUCUUGUGGAGAGAAGCUAGAGCGAGCAAAUUUGAAAUGGCAUAGUACAAGUCCACAUGUGACCCCACUUAUCAGUCCAACAACACCUUUGCAAAGUACUGAUAGCUGUGUCUCCACUUGCAGUGAGUUUUCAGUUGAUGUGAAUUCAUCUGACAGGAAUAGUCAAGAAGAAAGUACAGUUGAAGGUGCUGUGGAAGAUCUUCAUUAUCAGUUGAAUGGUUCACAAACAGUGAUGGAAAACAAUUCCCAAGAAAGCAAUAACAAUGAGGGUUACACAGUGAGAGAUGUGGAGAUUGCACAAGAACAUAACUUUAAAGAAGUAAAAGAUGAUUGUUCUGAACACCCUAUUGCAUCCUAUGCUGAAGAAACGGAAUAUUCUCUUCCUGAUGAUUUGGAUGUCCAAACUUGGGAACCUCCAGAGCCAGAAAACCCACAGGAUGAUAUGGAAAAUAGUUUGACUUGUAAUGAUGACGAUGAAGACCAAGGCAUAGGGAUUGCAAACUGGGGUGAGCCAACCUCUAUGAGUAGUUCUGAGGAUGAAUUAGGUGGGAGCUAUAGGUUCAAAGAGGAAAAACAAAGAGCAAUGGAGGAAGUAAUGAAUGGGAAAUUCAAGGCACUUGUUGGUCAGCUUCUUAAGUCUGUGGGAGUUUCCUCUUGUGAUGAAGGUGAUAAGAGUUGGGUGGACAUUGUUACAUCUUUAUCAUGGGAAGCUGCUUCAUUUUUGAAGCCUGAUGCAAUUGGAGGUAAUGCAAUGAAUCCUGAUGGAUAUGUUAAAGUGAAGUGCAUUGCUGCUGGUUCCUGCAGCCAAAGUCAACUAAUCAGAGGUUUAGUCUUCAAAAAACAUGCUGCUCACAAGCAUAUGCCAACUAAGUAUAAAAAUCCAAGAUUAUUAUUGAUUAGUGGUGUGCUUGGCCAUUCUAUUAAUGGGCUGUCGUCAUUUGACUCCAUGGACCAGGAGAAAGAUGAUCUGAAAUCUAAAAUGGAUCGUAUAGAAAUGUGCCAUCCAAAUGUUAUAUUGGUGGAGAAGACUGUUUCUCGUGAUAUACAAGAGUCAAUUUUGGCAAAGGGAAUGACACUUGUGCUUGAUAUGAAGCUUCAUCGUCUAGAAAGAGUUGCACGCUGUACUGGUUCACCAAUUUUAUCAUGUGAUAAUUUGAACGGUCAAAAACUAAGACACUGUGACUUUAUUUAUUUUGAGAAGUUUGUGGAGGAACAUGAUGGCGUUGGUGAAGGAGGAAAGAAGCCAAUCAAAACAUUGAUGUUCAUUGAGGGCUGCCCUACACGUUUGGGCUGCACGAUUUUACUGAAAGGAACAACCAGUGAUGAACUUAAGAGGAUUAAGUGUGUCAUGCGGUGUGCUGUUGUCAUGGCAUAUCACUUAAUUCUUGAAACCUCCUUUCUUGUUGAUCAGAAAGCAAUGUUCUCUACCAUUCCUGCAGUUAGUUUGGUCACCUUGUCUGCUAAUAAAAAUUCCUGUGAUUCAGCAUCCAUUAAUUCAAGCAUUCCAUCACUUAAGUAUUCUCCUGAAAAUGGAAUAGUUAGUACUGAUAUUCCCAUAUGCGAUGGACUUCAUGAAAAAAGCAUCAAUGAUUUAAACUUAGAAUCUGAGGAGUUUUGCUCAUUUCCUUGCGAACCAUAUAAUUCAGUUCCUGGGUUCUCAGCUAUUUCAUCUCUUAAGAAAGUUAUGGGGGACAGUUUUCCCAUUGCAUCUUCUGCUCCUCUUCAAUCUUUAUCAGCAUACUUUGGCUUCAAUGAAAGCAAACCUGAUGAUCAGGUUAACCAGUCAAUUUCUAAUUUUAACUCUCCAGAGGCUGAUGAAAAUACCAUGAUCGAAGCAGAAAACAAUUCUAAUGAAGUGAAGUUACUUAAUGGUGGACAAUCCCUGUCUUCACCUGUCUACUUAGAUUCCAGUGGGAGUAUAAGUAAAGAUGAUGAUAGUGGUAGAAAAGAACUCCAAAGUAAGGAUGACAUCAAUGCAGUGUUGGAUUCUCAGAGUAUUUUGGUCUUGAUGUCUACACGGAAUGCCUUAAGAGGGACUGUAUGCCAGCAAAGUCAUUUUUCUCAUAUUAUGUUCUACAAGAAUUUUGAUAUUCCACUUGGAAAGUUUUUGGAGGAUAACUUACUCAAUCAGACAAGACUUUGUGAUGCCUGUCAAGAAUUGCCAGAUGCUCACUUUUAUUAUUAUGCUCAUCGCAAUAAACAGCUUACCAUACAAGUUAAACACUUGCCCGAGGAAAAAAUUUUGCCUGGGGAGGCAGAAGGCAAAAUUUGGAUGUGGAGCCGCUGUCGUAAAUGCAAGUCUGGUUCUACAAAGAGAGUGUUGAUAUCUACUACUGCCCGUAGUCUAUCUUUUGGAAAAUUUUUGGAGCUAAGCCUUUCUCACUAUUCUUCUAGCAGAAAGUUGAGUUGUGGCCAUUCUCUUGACAGAGAUUUUCUCUACUUCUUUGGAUUAGGACACAUGGUUGCUAUGUUCAGAUAUUCUUCUGUCAACACAUAUACUGUAUCUAUGCCUCCACGAAAGCUGGAAUUCAGUGGUGCAAUGAGACAAGAGUGGCUUUUGAAAGAGACCGAGAAUGUGUAUAUGAAGGGCAUAUCAUUAUUCACAGAAGUUGCAAACUGUUUGAAGACAAUACAAUUUGAUGUUAAAGGAAUUAGAGAUUUCUCUGAGGUUGAGAAGAUGUUAAAGCAAGAGCAAGAAGAGUUUGAGGCAAACAUCAAGACUGCCGUUGCUAAAAUGGGGAAUCCAGACCAGGCUGCCUUCAAACUUCUCAGUUUAAACAGAUUGAUGUGGGAUCUUUUGAUUGCAUCCUAUGUGUGGAUUCAACGCUUGUAUCCACUACACUCACCUAAUGGUUUAAGGCUUGAAUCUAAUGUCUCUGAGAAAGAUAUGCAAGAUGGGGAUGGGGAUGUAAAAAUUAUAUUUGAUACAUCUGCGGAAGUAAAUGAACUACCGGUAAAGGAAAUUCCUAUUAAUGGACCUCUUCUGGAGUGCAACGAACAGCAGGAUGAUCCAUCUAACAUACAGAAUGUGAAGAUACCAAUUGUUGAUGAUUUCAGAUCCAAGAGAUCUUCUGACCAAAAUUUGAAAUUGAGUCUGGAUGUUUCCCCUCAGUUCCCUUCAGCGGAUGGUGUACCAAAUCAUCUUGAAGUACAGGAGAAUUCUGCAGUUUCUUCAGAUAUUCAAGCUAAUCAUCCAGUUGCUGAUUUAAAGGUAUUAAACAAAAGUUCUUCCAUGAAUUCACCAGUUUCCAACUUUCUGGAUUCAAAUGAUUGGUUCUGGAAGCCAUUUGCUGACAUUCGGCAGAUAAGCAUAAGGGAAUUCCAGAAAAGAUUAUUGCCAAAAUUUGAAUUUGUAAGCAGCUCUAUUGCUGAAUAUAUACCCACAGCCAAUCAAUUAAUCACUGAGGAAGGUACAAGGUUGCAUAUCCCUCUCAAGACCGAUAAUCAUGUUGUGUCUGACUUCGAGGGCGAACCCUCAAGCAUAAUUGCCUGUGCACUGGCCUUGUUGAAAGAUGCAUAUGAGGUGCCUGAAGUUGAUGAUGAAGAUGAUAGACAUGAAAGUGGAAUAAAUUCAAACUCAACAGAAAGUUUGCAUGGCUUGACCCACGGCACUACCUUAACUUCACUCUCAUUUUCAAGGGGUUCUUCAGAUUCAGAUUCUGUGCAUUCUACAGGAAGCACUUCUUCAGAAGAGUCACGUGCCUCUCGUGCUACAGAAAACCAUAGCAUAGAGAUUGCUAUGGGUUAUGCCAAAUCACUUGGAAGGGAAAAAUAUUCAGUGAUAUGUCACUAUUUUAAGCAGUUCCGUGAACUUAGGAAUUGGUGUUGCCCAUCUGAGCUUGAUUUUAUUGCUUCUUUAAGCCGCUGUAGGAAUUGGGAUGCCAAAGGUGGAAAAAGCAAGUCCUUUUUUGCAAAAACGCUUGAUGACAGAUUCAUCAUAAAGGAAAUCAAGAAGACAGAACUUGAAUCAUUUUUGGGGUUUUCUUCUCUGUAUUUCAAACACAUGAGAGAGUCAUUUGAGUCUGGAAGCCAAACUUGUCUUGCAAAAGUCUUGGGGAUAUACCAGGUUACUAAAAGACAUGUCAAAAGUGGAAAAGAGGUUAAAUAUGACCUCAUGGUGAUGGAAAAUCUUACCUACAAUCGGAAUAUUACUCGCCAGUAUGAUCUUAAAGGUGCUCUUUAUGCCCGGUAUAACUCUGCCGCUGAUGGUGAUGGAGAUGUUCUUUUGGAUCAGAACUUUGUGAAUGACAUGAACUCUUCCCCACUAUUUGUCAGUCAUAAAGCAAAGCAGGUUCUUCAACGGGCUGUUUGGAAUGACACAUCUUUCCUGAAUUCAAUCAAUGUGAUGGAUUACUCCUUGCUUGUUGGAGUAGAUUCUCAGAAGCGCGAGCUAGUCUGCGGGAUCAUUGAUUAUCUAAGGCAGUAUACUUGGGACAAACAUCUUGAGACAUGGAUGAAGUCUUCACUUGUUGUGCCAAAAAAUGUGUUGCCAACUGUAAUCUCUCCUAAAGAAUACAAAAAGAGGUUUAGAAAGUUUAUGUCUACAUAUUUUUUGAGUGUUCCAGAUCACUGGUGUUCUCAGAAAUCCUCCAAUCCUUGCAAACUUUGUUGCUCAGGUGAAGAUGACCCUUCCCAGCAAAAGCCCUAGCACAACAGUGCCAAGUGGUUUCUGUGUCCAAAUAUUUUGAUUUUAUUUCUCAAAAAAGAAAGAAGAAAAUUUAUGCAUGUAGUUAGCACUGUAUAUAGACAGCCAUAUUGAUUAUAAACCUAGCCCUGCUAUUCUGCAAUUUUUUAGAGAAUUUCUAGGGAUGCUGUCAUUUACAGGUCCAUCCUCUCCGAGUAUGAGAUGAGUAAAUUUUUGUAAAGCCUAAGGUAAAUGUAAAGGUUUAUUUAAUCAAUGAAAAGUACAGUUGCUAGCUUCGCUAUA